UCCGACCUGAAGUUUCCAUGUCGCUGCACCAUACAAGUAGGGAACAAACGAGCUCAACAAACCGCUCCGUUUUUUGCUGAGUAAACACGAAAGGUGCGACAUCAGGUAUGGCAGACCCACAGUCAUUCCAGGUGUUUCGGCACCUGACACCUGUUGCCACCUGGCUGCACCUGGCCCUGUACACUUGCCUGGCUGUGCUUGUGGUUCACCUGUCGACAAGACUUUUCCGGUUUGUUCUCGGCCAAGUUCAGACCAGGGGAGUCAUGAAGCAGUUUUCAACUCCGCCGAAACACUGGCUGUUUGGACAUAAUCGGAAGGCGUCUCGAAACCAGGAAGGUUUCCAGAUCAUGUUAGAGUGGAUGAAGAAGUACAGUUCUCACUUCAUCCCACUCUGGGUCGGUCCCUUCAACGUGUUCCCCCAGUGUGUCCAUCCUGAACUCAUCAAGACUAUACUGGGCACAGCAGAGCCAAAAGGCAGAAUUUACAGAUUCCUUCAUCCAUGGCUUGGAGAUGGCUUGUUAACCAGUCAUGGCAGUAAGUGGCACCGGAACCGGCGACUGCUGACUCCUGCCUUCCACUUCGAGAUCCUGAAGCCCUACGUCACUCUGUUCUCUGAGUCUACUAACGUGCUGAUUGACAAGUGGAGCUCCGUCCCCGAGGGUUCGCCUGUGGAGCUGUUUGACCAUGUGAGUCUGCUGACGUUGGACAGCAUGCUGAAGUGCAGUCUGGGUUACCGGAGCAACUGCCAAACUGACGGACAGUCUGCUCCUUACAUCCAGGCAGUGUUUGAGCUGUCCCGCCUUGUCGUCGAGCGAGUUCGUUUCUUUCCCUUCCACUUUGACUUCAUCUAUUACCUCAGCCCCAGUGGCCGCAGGUUCCGUCAGCAGUGUGACAUUGUGCACGGUGUCUCUGAACAUCUCAUACAGCAGAGGAAAAAGGCACUUCAGGACGGGGAGGGCAAAUCUGGAGAAGACGAGACAGGAAAAAACAGGAAAUACCUGGACUUUCUCGACAUUCUUCUGCAAGCCAAGGACGAGGAUGGUACAGGCCUGACGGACGCGGAGAUCCGAGACGAGGUGGACACGUUCCUGUUCGAGGGUCACGACACGACGGCCAGCGGGAUCUCCUGGACCCUGUACCACCUGGCCAAACACCUGCAGUACCAGGACAGGUGCAGGAGGGAGGUGGGGGCGCUGCUGCACGGACGCACAACCAUGACCUGGGAAGACAUGAGUCAGCUGCCCUUCACCACCAUGUGUAUUAAGGAGAGUUUAAGGAUCAGACCACCGGUCCCGACCGUUUCUCGCUGUCUUACCAAGCCACUGACUUUUCCUGAUGGGAAAACCAUGCCUGAAGGAUCCCACCUAACUGCAGGAAUUAUCUACUCACAUCACAACCAUCUCAUCUGGCCAGACCCUCAGGUGUAUGAUCCCCUGCGCUUUUCUCCGGAGAGAUCCAAGGACAGACACCAUCAUGCCUUCGUACCUUUCUCAGCUGGACCAAGGAACUGCAUUGGGCAGAAUUUUGCGAUGAACGAGAUGAAGGUAGCGGUGGCGCUGAUCUUACAGCGGUUCCGACUGGAGCUGGACCAGACGAAACCCGAGCCGUUCUUUGUGCAACAGCUGAUCCUGAGGGCCAAGGACGGGAUCUGGAUCAAACUUACACCAAUUAGCUAAAGGGAUCUGGAUCAAACUCACACUGAAUAUCUGGAUCAUACAUGUCUAAAGGGAUCGAGAUCUAGCUAAUGCCAGAAAUUUGCUUCUUAAAACUAUCUCUAGAUUAUGCAUAGAUUCCAUAAGGGUGUGACAUUUGCAUUAGACUACAAGUUUAUAAUGAGGCUAAAAAUGCAGAGACAAGUCAUGAUGGUUGUCUUUUAAUAGCCGUCUUUUAUUAUUGAGCUUGGCACACUGCUACAAUCAAUAUUUGACCAUGUCUGAACCAUUCUUUAUUCAUUAGAAGCUCAAAUUGGCCUUAUACAUUGUAUAUUCACAUAUAACAUUUUCAUUGUAGUGUGGAAGCAAUGACAAUUAGCUUCAAUUUGUUUGUAUCAGAAGAUUUUCCAUGAUGAUAUGUAUGCACAAAUGCACUUGUAGCAAACCACAUACAUGACUUUAUAAUUGUAAUAAAUUUUGCAGUGACUGUAUGGUUUAGUUAUAGGGAUUUCACUAUAAGUUUUCCUUUGCUCACAAAGACAAGCCAAGCAACAUGUUCUUGAAGAGAAUUCUAAAAUCAAAAGUUGUGGUCACCGUGGUACACGCUUGAAUGUGCAGGAACAUCUGAAAUAAGGGUCUUUCAAUUGCAUUCUGCAUUCUACAACCAAAAUGUUAUAAAGCAACACCUACAUAAUGACUUUAUGAGCCACAAUAUAUGUAUAUUCCAUGCGACACCACUACCAUUACAAGUACAUGUUGCAGUACAUGCUAAAAAGUCCACUAAAAAUUCAAAUAAGUGCUGCAGUCUUGAUACAAGACAUUUGUUUUCAUCCAUUGACAAACAUUUCGAAUCCUAAUAAUAUAUUCCUGACAAAACUUUCUGACUUAACAAUUGUUUAAGGAAUGAUACUUGUACAUUGAGGUACAUCGUAGGGUCUAUGGCACAACGCAUCUAAAAAAGGAAUCAAACUACAAACACUUAAUACACUUAUGAUAUUGACAACAUUCCAUAGAGUUCCUUAGAAAAAAGAAACUAUGAUCAAGACAAUCUAC